AUGUUAAGUGGAACGGGCCCAGCACCGAAUCAGGCCGACACUGUAGCAUUCUUGCGCAGCCUGUGGUCAGAGCCCGUAAACCACAGCGAGGGCCCUUGGACUGAAGUUGUGGCGAGUCAGUGUGCGAGUAUAACGCCCAUGAACCCCGUCAUUAUGACGCCGGAUGACGUAGCUGAUGCGAUCCGUAGGGCCCCGAACUGGAAAAGUCCGGGACUCGUCGGGCUGCAUCACUACUGGCUGAAGGAGUUUGUGGUGUGUCACACUGUGCUCGCCCGACAGUUCCAAGAGGCUCUCAACCAGAAAUCGCUCCCGAGCCUCUUCACUACUGGGAUCACUUAUUUGGUUCCUAAAGACCAGGACACCAUAGCCCGAGCAAAUACCGCCCCAUCACGUGUCUACCGACCAUAUACAAGACACUUACAUCCAUUUUGA